AGGAAAAGAAAAAUUCACUUUCAUUUCCAACUUCCAAGCAGUAAUCCCAUAUAUCACUUUCUCACAAAUUCCCUCACUUUCUCUCUGAAUUUUUCCGAGAAAAUCCUCCUCCAUAAAGCUUGCAGAAAGCCAUCUCAUUCUCCUCAAUAAUUCUACAAUCUCCACCUCACGGGUAAGUGCUGUUCCUUUCUGUUGUUGCUCAAUUUCGUUUGGUUUCGUCGUCUGGGCAGGCCUGGAUUGGGCUGCUUGUUCUAUGCAACACGGUUUGGUAUGUGAUAAUCUUGGAGUGUCCAUUAUCAAAGAAUUGAGUGUUAGGGUUGGUAUUGGUGGCGUUGGUAUUGAUCUUGAUAUUGAUAUUGUUAGUGCUGUCUAAUGGUGCCGCCGAGAAGAAAAAAAUGGACGGAAGCAGAAGAGAGAACCCUAAUUGAGAAAUAUGGUGAGAUGGUCUCUGAUGGGACCCUCGCCAAAAUGAAAACUCGAGAGAAGAAAUAUAAACCCAUUGCUUUGUAUGUGAAUUAUGUGCACCAUGUUCGCGAUCCUGUCACCUACCCUUGGCAGUGGACUUGGAAAGAUGUGUCCACUAAGGUACAAAAUAUGAGGCACCAAUACUUGCUUGUUAAGCAAAAGAUCAAGAAGCCUGAGCUUUCUGCAGCAGAGAAUUCUGGUAGUGCGGAGGGCAGUAAUGGAGAUGAGUUUGACUGGUUGGAAGGGCUUACACAUUGGUCCAAUUUUUUGCUGUACAAGGAGGUUUUUGGGGAUGUUCCUAUGGCAUAUAGUUCUAAUGGUAGUAACGGGAGUGGUUUAACGGCAGUCUUGAAUGAGGAUAGGGAACAUGGUGCGGAAUUAUUGGGGGCUGGUAGGGGGAUGGAGAUCGCAGAGUUUGGGCAAAUCGGUAAUUCGGCAGAUGGGGAUUUUCCUGGGAUUGAUGGAGGUGAGAAUGUGAUGCUGGGCUUGGGUUUUGAGUAUGAAGGAGAAGAGGCAGAGGAAAAUUAUAAUAGCAAUGAUCGGGUGAGAGAGGAAGGGGAUGAUGGUUUCAUGUACGAAGAAGUGGAUGCUAAUGUGUCUAAUUUGAAAAAGAAGAAGAGGAAGGUGUUGAAGGGAUUGGAGAAGAGGGUGUUUGGUUUCCUUUCAAACCAAAUAGGGCAGUUGAGGGAAAUGGAGGCUCGGUUUGAGCAACAUGAAGCAGAGAGAGGGCGGGAGAGGCUGAGGAGGGAGAAUAUUCGAAUGGAGAGGGAGCAAGAAUGGGAACGGAAGUUGGAAGAGAAGGAAAAAGAGAGGGAAGAAAGGGAAAAGGCUAGGGAAAAGUUGAGAUGGCAAAGAUAUCAAGAAUGGGAAGAUAUGGAAAAGGAGAGUGAAGAGAGGGAAAGAAGAAGAAGAGAGGAGGAUUUGAUUCAAGAGAAAGAAUGGGAGGAGAGGAUGAAUCGGAGGAGGUCAGAAUGGAAGAAGAGGAUUGAUGGGAUGCUAAGUCAACACCGAGCAGAAAUGGGGCAGAUUCAGGCCCGAGUUCUCCAUGAGCAACAGAACCUUACUAGCCAAUUGCUUGGGAUUGUUUCACAGUGGACAGGUCAUCCAACUGGGCUUUCUGAUCAUACUGGUGCCAGUAACCAUUAUCUUUCACAAAUGAUGCAGAAUUUGCAUCAUGUGAAUGGUAUGGUACAUGAACACACCAGGGUUGAUGGAGAUACUCAAGAUGAUCAAUUUAUUGUCGAUGGAUGAUGUCUUUUUCUCAGCACCAUCAUCUGCAUGGUGAGCUCAAGUAACAAGGAAAUACACUAGCAGGUUUUUGAUGGUGACAAGUUGUAAAGCAACCAUACAGGCGAAGAAAGUACAGCCUACCUUUCAACAUUGCUUCAAAGUAAAAGCACAACACUCACUACCAACCUGGAGCGCCCAACCUAGAAGGAAGGGUUAUCUAAGCAUUUGUCAGAUUGAUUUAAGUCCUCUUGUAUAAGCUCCUAUUAAACAUGAAUUAAAAUGUAAUUUGUCUAGCACUCUCUCUGAAUUUAAUACAAUGCAAUCCAUUACAUAAACUUGAGAAA